AUGUCCCUCAGAUCGCCUCUCACACCACCACCCACACCCCUCAUCACCGAUAAUGGUAGCGCCGGUCAGGACAAACUAACGGUCUCUGCGCGGCAACUUCAGAACCACGUACUCCAGCCCGAAUUCCUUUCAGAGUACGUUCUGGGUGAUGAGCUCGGAUCAGGCGGCUUUGGGUUCGUUGUCUCUGCCACGCGCAUGUCCGACUACAAGGAGGUUGCCGUCAAGUUCAUCUUCCGCGAUAAAGUGCCCGUCCACGGAUGGGCCAAGGACCCUGAGCUUGGAGUCAUUCCCAUGGAGAUUUAUGUCCUCCGUAAUGUACAGCACAGCAACAUUAUCGGAUUUCUGAACGCGUACCAGGACCCAAAGUUCUUUUAUCUCGUUAUGGAGCUGCAUGGCACUCCCUGGUCGGCAAACAACCCUCUUUUGAAUAAGAACAACACAUCCAGCACAUCCACCUCGAGCUCUUCGAUAAGUCUCAGCCAUUCCAGCAGCGAAAAUGAGCUCUAUAUGGAGCCUCCAAAACCCUCGCUCCUUGUGCGUCGAACAUCAUGCGAUCUGUUUGAAUGUAUUGAACACCAUUCUAAAUUUUCAGAGUCCCAGGCUCGCAUCAUUUUCAAGCAGAUUGUCGAGUGUGUCGAGUACCUCAACUCGCGGGGAAUCUGCCACAGAGACAUCAAGGACGAGAACGUUGUCAUUGAUAAUGAUUUCAAAGUCAAGCUGAUUGAUUUUGGAUCCGCUGUUAUCAUCCCCAGGCCACACGGAAAACUUUUUGAUCGUUUCUAUGGUACCAUCAAUUAUGCGUCGCCCGAGAUCCUGAAGGGUGAGAAGUACCGUGCAGAGUCUGCCGAGAUUUGGUCAUUGGGCAUCCUGCUCUACACAAUCCUCUACGGUGAAGUUCCGUUCAACGAUCCUCUGCAGGCCAUUUCGGGUCCAUACAUUUCCCCCCGCGUCCAAUCAUCUCCAGAAUGCCUGCAUCUAUUGAACUGGAUGCUCGCUAAGAGCCCUGAGCGCCGUGCUACGAUCGAAGACGUUGUGGACCAUCCCUGGAUUGCAGGCUUGACCAUGGCAGGCACAGCAUAA